CGAAUGCCGCAUGUUUCGUAAAUACUAUUUCCGGACAAGCAAGAUGCUGAAUGGUUACCGUAAUAUUCCCUGGCCGACUUCCGCACGACAAGUGUGCCGCGUUCUGUGUGCACUGGCCUAUUUUUAGGUGUCCAUAGCUAAUAUUGAAAGAGAGAGAGAGAGUGAGAGAGAGAGAAUGACAUAGGGUGAAGAGGAGAGGGAGAAAGAUAUUCCUAUAUUUCAUUCUGCUCUCUGCUCGUAGCAAGCGAGUGUCUCACAAGUGUUUGUGCUGACACAAUAGUGACAUUUAAAUUAAAAUGGAUCUUGCGCUAACGGAGGAAGGAUUAUUGCAAAAGCACAAAAAAGAGCGAAAAGAACUGCAAGCGAAAAUACAAAUCUUGAAGAAGUCAAUCUGUAAAGGCGACAAGAAGAAGAAGAAAGAGGUUACAGAAGAGAUAGGUCGUUUAGAGGAAAAUUUGGAGAAACAUCAGACAGAGGAAUGGAAUGAAUGGAGAUUGGCUCAUGUUACAUUGAAUGAUGAGGAGGAAUCAGGACAUGUGAGUGAGGAAAUUGAUAAAGACAACAGUUGUUUGGAGCAACCUAUGCAAAGAGUCUCCAAAGCGCAGAAAAGAAGAGAGAAGAAGGCGAUUGCAGAGAAAGAACGUAAUCAAAGAAUCAUUGAGCAGGAAGCACUCAAUGUAUUUGGUAAAAGAAACCUUGAGAUAGAAGCUAUAAAGAAGAUUCUCUCUGAGCGUGGUUUAAUGAUCUAUGAAAUUCCUAGUGAUGGUCAUUGUUUAUAUAACGCAGUUGCUCAUCAACUUAAGGUAAAUGGGGAAACACCCCUUAGCCUACACGAUCUCAGAAUGAAGACUGCUAAUUAUUUGAGAGAAAACAUGAAUGAUUUCCUGCCCUUUUUAUCUAAUCCUGAUUCUGACAAUUUACUGACAUUUGAGGAGUUUGAAAAAUAUUGCACCGAUGUGGCAGAGACUAGUGCUUGGGGUGGUGCGGUAGAGCUUCAGGUACUAUCAUGUAUAUUGAAAUGCCCAAUUGAAGUCAUACAAGCUACAGGAGCUCCUUACAUCAUCGGAGAUCAGUAUACCAAUGGUAAAAGAGUAACACUGACCUAUCACCGUCAUAUGUAUGAACUUGGUGCCCAUUAUAAUUCUGUCACGAAUUACGUUCAGGAUGAGGAGAGCUGAUAAAGGUUUCGAUUAGAUUCGAUUUUACAUGAUUUUUAAAAUUGUCAAGUCUUAUUGAAUGCAAAUUAAUCGCGUAUUUCGAUUUAUGAGGGUGUUUUUACCAGUCAGUAGCUUAAUUUAUUCUGUAUGGAAAAUGUAUAUCUAUAAGUUUCCAGACAGUAUAAAAUAUUUUUAUUGAUAUAUACAUGAGAACUACAAGGACAAAAAAGCUGCCAGCAGAAUAUUCUAUCUUCCAAUGAGACUUGUAUUUCUAAACUUUACAAUUAUUGUGAUGAUUAAGUCUCUUGAUUCAUAACGAGUAAGCCUUUAGUUUUUUGUUCUGAAUCAUAUAUUUAAAAAGCGUUUCCCUCGUUGCCGUAACAGCUAGAAUUUGACCAAUUAAGUUGAAAGAUCACAACUUCAGGCAGCAGCAGAAAUUACUUUUAGUUCAAAUCAUACAAUUUUCUAUUUAAGCCAAAAGAUAAAGCUUAUUACACCCACUGUGAAUUAGGACUAACCGUUAAUGUUUAUGAAGGGAAUCC